CGCAACGUAGGGUACCAGUAACACUUUUAUUGCCAAUCUAAAUGGAGGCUGGCUUGACUUGAUCUUUACAAGUGGAGGCUGGUGUUGUGCCGAAACACCGGACUCCAGUUAAGAGCAGGCGCCUCCUCCCAUUCUCUGUCAUCUUAAAACACCGGAGCUUACCUGUGCUGUGGUCUCCAUCUCGGAAGCACACCACAAUUUGUCACGAAGGCUUACAUGCAUCAGUGCCAAGAAUUUGCACUUGGUGGUAGACUACAGAAAAGCAGACACAGUGACCUUUCAGGAGGAUGGAGGUUGGAGCAGAGCACGGCGCUAUGCAGAAGACCCGACGCAGUGACGAUGCAUCCAGAAAAACACGCCCUUCAUCCUGCUCCAGUCUUAAGAUGUUUCUGGUGGCUCUGUCCUUUGCCUAUUUUGCAAAGGCUCUGUCGGGGAGCUACAUGAAGAGCACGAUAACUCAGUUGGAGAGACGCUUUGACAUUCCCAGUUACCUAAUAGGCAUCAUUGAUGGGAGCUUUGAGAUAGGUAACCUGUUAGUUAUAGCCUUUGUCAGUUACUUUGGUGCCAAGCUCCAUCGGCCAAAGAUGAUUGCAAUGGGAUGUGUGCUGAUGUCUAUUGGUACCUUCAUCAUUGCCCUGCCUCACUUCAUCAUUGGACGAUAUGAAUUUGAAUCAUCCGCCAAGUGGGUUGUGAAUUCAAGCCUUACCUUGUCGCCAUGUCUACCCGGCUCAACAGGUGACCCCAGCCAAGAUAGUAAAUUACCUCAAGUGCCAGUGAAAGAAUGUGAAGGAGAUUCCAACCUGUCCAUGUGGAUAUAUGUACUCCUGGGAAAUGUCCUACGAGGGAUUGGAGAGACCCCUGUUCAGCCCCUUGGAAUCUCCUACAUAGAUGACUUUGCUACUGAGGAGAAUGCUGCAUUAUACGUGGGCUGUGUGCAGACCAUCUCUGUGGUGGGGCCUGUCUUUGGCUACCUGUUAGGCUCUUUAUGUGCAAAAAUUUACGUGGACAUUGGAUUUGUAAAACUGGAAACCAUCACAAUAACUCCAGCAGAUUCCCGCUGGGUUGGAGCCUGGUGGUUAGGCUACCUCAUAGCCGGCAUCAUCACUUUACUUUCUGCCAUUCCAUUCUGGUUUCUGCCUCGCUCGCUACCAGUUCCAGGCUCUCACACCCCAGAAAAGCCUGAGCAGGCAAGUUUUAUUAAAGGCUCUGCCCCCAUGAAGCACAAGUAUCCAGCGGAAGAGCACACCAGUUUCAUAGAGAUGGCCAAAGAUUUUAUUCCAACCCUGCGGACCCUGUUGGGUCACCCUGUUUAUCUGAUCUACUUGUGUGUGACAAUCAUCCAGCUCAACUCACUUAUUGGCAUGGUCACCUACAAACCCAAAUACAUCGAACAGCACUUUAGACAAUCCGCCUCAAAGGCCAACUUUCUAAUGGGUGUGAUUAAUAUCCCAGCGGUUGCACUUGGGAUUUUCUCUGGUGGCCUCCUAAUGAAGAAGAUGAAGCUGAACAUUAUAGGAGCAGCCAAAUUUGCUUUUGUAACUUCUUUUCUUGGCUAUGUCCUCUCUCUGUUUUUCUUUGUGAUGAGCUGUGAGAACGCCAAAAUUGCUGGAGUGACUCUUCCGUACAACAGCAUGGAGGACAUAUCUUAUGACAAACACUCUCUUUUCAACACCUGCAACUCCAACUGUUUUUGCUCAGCAAAUAAUUGGGACCCAGUCUGUGGAGGAAAUGGAAUCACUUUUGUUUCUCCCUGUCUUGCUGGCUGCACCAUCUCCACCGGUUCAGGGAAAAACACAGUCUUCUCGAACUGUAGCUGUGUGGGUGUGGCUGGUAAUCUGACAGCCCAUACAGGUCAGUGCCCGGAUAAGGACGACUGCGACAGGAUGUUCCCGUACUUCUUGGCUCUUUCUGUCAUCACGUCCUUCAUCAUUUCCCUGGGAGGAACACCGGGCUACAUGCUCCUCAUCAGGUGCAUCAAACCACAGCUGAAAUCGUUUGCCUUGGGAUUCCAUGCUCUAGCGACACAUACACUUGCCGGAAUCCCGGCACCCAUUUACUUUGGAGCAAUCAUUGACAGCACAUGUUUAAAAUGGGGUCAGAAACGCUGCGGUGGAAGAGGAGCUUGUAAAAUUUACAACACUACAAAAUACAGGAUCGCCUACCUGGGCCUGACUUUGAGCCUACGGACGAUCUCAUUUCUAGUGUGCAUCCCGGGCUUCAUCCUGCUCAGUAGACAGCUGAAGAAGGAGGAACAAGACGCCCUUCGUGGAUCUCGAGCCAAUGGCGGGACAGAACUGGAAGCGCUCAGAAAGGAAGAAUUUGUGAUCUCAAAUUCUGCGACAUUACAAAGAACGUCAGAAAACGGCACAGACCGCGAAACGCGACUGUGAUGCCCUUGAAAGGGAAAAGAUGACCUCUGAGCACCACCAACCUCCUUUUCAUCACAUGCAGAUGAACAAACUUAUCUACAUACACACAUGCGCGCACACACACACACACACACACACACACACACACACACACACACACACACACAAACACUUGCAGGGAAUCAUAUUAAAUCUGAUGACAAUAUUGCUGAAUUCUCAUAUUUGCAGAGAUUUCAUAUACUGUACUUGGAUAUUUUGCAUUUGUAUUAUAUUUGUUUCCCCCCACACAUUUUCUUUUUAUUUAACACUGUUUUUAUGUAUGAAUGAAUAAUAAUGCCACAUUGAAAUGAAAUACAAUUACAAGAAAGAAAAAAGCUGUAACGUCAGUAGAAUAAAGUUGUAAUGUUAAGAGGAAAAAGUCAAGAGUCAGUAUUAUGAGAAUAAAGUCCGAAAUUGCAAUUUUAUCAUGUAAAGUGAACUGCCGCUUUCUGCAGGGUGUGUGUAUAUAUAUAUAUAUUUAUUUAUAGACAAACUGUGCAU